AUGCCACCAAAAUUGCAUGAUAUAUCUGAUGGAAUCUUGGAGACUUUUGUGACUUGGGAAGAUGUGGAAAAUGAACUUAGACUUAGUUUCAAAACUGAAUCGAGAUUUGGUGAAAAGAAACAGGCAACUAAUAUCGGAGAUAUGAAGGUUUGUGGGAUCUUUUAUUUUUCAUUUGAAAAUUAUCGUAGCUUUUUUCAGGGCUUCAUGUCAAAAAUUGCCCUGAUCGAGCCCGAUUGGCAACCAAAAUCACCAAAUUUGCCCGAAAAAUUAGCGAUAAAAAUCAGCUCAAGUUUAGCAUUCAUAAACCUCUCGAAGUUACUCAAAUUUGGUGGAGAAAAUGGAUUAUCUGAUGAGAAAAUUGAAACAUUCGAUGAAAUUUGUCAAGAUUUUCAUAAUCGAGAAUGUGAAACUUAUCGAUUUUUGAAUGAAAAUCUGAAAAAUUCAAGUUUUCCAAUGCUUAAAAUCUAUGGAUCAUUGAAGUUUGGACCCGAAAAUCCAACAAAAAGCCUAUAUGAUAUUUGAGUAUUUGGAAAAUGUUAAAACUUUGCAACUUUGUGAAAAUCUCGAAAUCUCCGAAAUUCUCCCAAUUUUGAAGAAUAUUGCUCAAUUUUCAGCAUUAGGAAUUCGAAAAAAUGCUGAAAAUCCAGAGAAUCUCAAAUUUGCUGGAGAUUUAGAUCUUUUACCACGAAUUUUGAAGGAUUUUGGUGAUAGGAAAUCGACUUAUCAGAGUAUUCGCCAGAAUUUUCCAGAAAAUCUGAAGUGUGAUGUGGAAAAAUUGAUUGAGAUUUAUCAAUUCUUGAUGAAACCUGAACAAAUUGAAAAACUUUCGGGGAUUUGUGCAUAUUUUGGUAGGUUACCGGAUGGGUUCUGUAAAUUUCUAGCUCUCGAAAUUUGGAGCACAAACUCUAGAUUACAGUGGAUUAAUUUAUAUCAUUUCAGGCUAUCCUGCUCAACUUGUACAUGGUGAUUUAUGGCCUGGAAAUUUGCUUUUUUCCAAGGAAUCUCCUUUGGAGCUCGGUGCAAUUAUCGAUUUUCAAGCUGUCAGUUUUGGUUCGCCGGCUCAAGACUUAACGCGUUUAUUCAUAUCAAUUUUAUCUGCCGAAAGUCGCCGCGGACAAAAUCUCGAUUCUUUGCUUGAAUUUUUCUAUGCGAAUGUGACUGAAAAUCUCGAAAAAUCUGAUCCAAAAAUUAAAAUACCGUACACUUUGGAACAGCUCCAAAAAAGUUAUCGCUUAUUUUUUCCAAUGAUGAGUUCGAUGAUUUUGCCGGGAAUUUUGAGAUUUUCCAAUGAUAAAUUGAAUUCGGAUUUGGCGCGAGAAAAAUCACGUGGAAUUUUGGAGGAUGUUUUAGAGAUUCAUCAGAGCAAUUUGGAAAAUUUCGCUGAUUUUUUUGAAUAA